AUGAUGAGGUUUGCUCAAUAUCUUGAAAGUGCAGGAUUACACAAGUGGUCUAGAGCUCACAUGGAUGGACGUCGAUACAAUGUAAUGACAACAAAUAUUGCGGAGUCAAUCAACUCAGUCCUUCGGUUCGCAAGGAUGCUACCAGUGGUGCAUUUGAUUGAUGAAAUCAUCAAUUUGCUUGUGAAAUGGUUCAGUAAACGUCGCGAUUUUGUUUUAAAAUGUACAUCAACAUUGUGCCCUGACUUUGGCGAGAAGAAGCUGAGACGCAGGUUGGAAUGUGCUUCAAGGAUGAAUGUCGUGAAACUGAAUCACAUAGAGUAUAAUGUCGUGGAUGGUGAUAUGGAUGGCCACGUACAUUUGACGAAUAACACUUGCAGUUGUAGGAAGUUUCAGCUUGAGCAACUACCUUACAAGCAUGUAGUUGCAGUUUGCCGUUUCUUGAAACUAAAUGUAUACUCCAUGGCUUCUCGUUAUUACACUCGAAAUACAUGGUUGGAUGCUUAUUCAGAUACCACAUACCCGGUACAGCCUCAAGAGUUGUGGGUUAUUCCUGAAGAUGUCCAAAGUAGAGUUGUGCGUCCUCCCAAUGCAAAGGUCAUGCCAGGUCGACGAAAGAAGUUAAGGAUUCCCUCGCAAGGAGAGGAUAUCAUAAGGAGAAAAUGCUCAAGGUGCAGUGGCACAUGCCACAAUAAAAGCACCUGUAAAAACAAUGUUCCACUACCUAAUGUUGGACAUACAUUAUGA